UUAAACUGGCUGUAGCAUAAAUAAAAGCAAUAUGGUUAAGAAGAAAAUUGAUAAUCGCAUACGUGUGAUGAUUGAAAAUGGCGUCAAGCUGGGCCAUCGUACUAUGUUUAUUAUAAUUGGCGACAAAGCGCGCGAUCAAGUGCCGAUUCUCUAUGACAUAUUGACCAAGUCCACAGUGAAGGCUCGUCCCACAGUGCUCUGGUGCUACAAAAACAAAGACGAGGCUAUAUCCAAUCAUGGCAAAAAGCGCGCUAAGAAGAUAGCAGUGGGUAAGGUGGAUGUCAACGAGGCGGAUCUGUUUGAUUCGUUUCGUGUGGCCACAACAAUCCAUGGUCGCUACUACUCGGAGACACAUGCCAUCUUGGGCAGAACCUAUGGCGUUUGUGUGCUGCAGGACUUUGAGGCACUGACGCCCAAUCUUCUAGCGCGCACAGUGGAAACUGUAGAAGGCGGCGGUCUGAUUAUAUUGCUCUUGAAGACCAUGCAGUCGCUCAAGCAGCUAUAUACGAUGAGCAUGGAUGUGCACAAGCGUUUCCGCACCGAGGCGCAUCAGACAGUCACGUGUCGCUUCAACGAACGCUUAAUCCUGUCAUUGGCGGACUGUAGACGCUGUCUGGUGGUCAAUGAUGACUUGACGGUGCUGCCGCUAAGCUCCAAGACGAUUAACGUUGAGCCGGUUAAUCCAGCCAAUGCGGGCAAAUCCGAGCACGAGGCCAGCCUCAAGGAGCUGAAGGAAAGUCUGCAAAGCGUGCAGCCUGCAGGCGCUUUGGUGCAGCUAUGCAAGACCUACGACCAGGCAAAUGCUGUGGCGCAGUUCAUUGAUGCACUGGUGGACAAACAGCUGAAGCCGCCCAUGUCCUUGACUGCAGCUCGUGGUCGUGGCAAGUCGGCUGCCUUAGGUCUGUCCAUCGCUGCUGCUGUAGCUUUCAACUAUGUUAACAUCUAUGUCACCUCGCCGCAUCCGGAGAAUUUGAUUACGCUGUUCGAGUUUGUGCUCAAGGGCUUCGAUGCGCUGGACUAUCAGGAGCAUGCUGACUACACAAUUAUACGCAGCACCAAUCAGGACUACAAGAAGGCCAUUAUACGCAUCAAUAUCACACGCAACAGUCGCCAGACGAUCCAGUAUAUAGCGCCCAAUGAUACGCAUCUGCUGAACGCCGCCGAUUUGCUGCUGAUUGAUGAAGCCGCAGCCAUUCCACUGCCACUCGUAAAGAAGAUGCUUGGGCCGUAUCUAAUCUUUAUGGCUAGCACCAUCAAUGGCUACGAGGGCACAGGCCGCUCGCUGAGUUUGAAGCUCAUUUCACAGCUGCAGAAGGAAAACAAUGCGCGUGCUCCAUUGAAACUGGAUGAGUCCAUACGUUAUCAGUCCGGCGAUGACAUCGAGCGCUGGCUCAUCAAUUUGCUGUGCCUGGAUGCCAGCAGCGUGCCCAGCAUUAGCUCCGGCUGUCCCACACCAGAGGCCUGUGAGCUUUACUAUAUUGAUCGUGAUGCUCUGUUCUCCUAUCACAAGGCCGCCGAAUCCUUUUUGCAUCGCCUCGUUUCCAUUUAUGUCGCCUCGCAUUACAAGAACACACCCAACGAUCUGCAAAUGAUGAGCGAUGCUCCAGCGCAUCAUUUGUUCUGUCUGCUGGGCCCAGUGCAGCGCAUGGAUCAAUUGCCCGAGAUUCUGGUCGUAGUCCAAGUGGCGCUGGAGGGUCAAAUCUCUGCGCAGAGCAUUAGCGAGUCGCUGGGACGCGGCAAGAAAGCUGCGGGCGAUUUGAUACCCUGGAACAUUGCGGAGCAGUAUGGAGAUCGCGAUUUUCCCAAGCUCUGCGGGGUGCGCGUCGUGCGUGUGGCCACGCAUCCAAACUAUCAGCGCAUGGGGUAUGGCAAGCGUGCCAUCCAACAGCUCAAGGACUACUAUGCGCGCCAACAUGUCAAUCUGCUGGAUGCGCCCACCAAACAACACAAAGCUGGCAUUGAGGAGGUGGAGGAGGAUGAGCUAAGCCUGCUCAAGGAGCAGAUACGUCCACGCAGUCGCAUACCCACGCUGCUGCAGCGUCUGCACGAGCGCACACCGGAGCAUGUGGACUACAUUGGCACCUCCUAUGGCCUGACCGCCGAGCUGCUCAAGUUCUGGAAGUCCGCCGGCUUUGUGCCCGUCUAUCUCAGCCAGAAGGCCAACGAGCUGACGGCGGAGCACAGCUGCAUUAUGCUGCACACGCUGACGCAGACGAGCACGCCCUGGUUGGGUCUUUACUUCCAGGACUUUCGCCGUCGCGUGCUCAAGCUGAUGGGCAAAACCUUUAGGGAAUUUGAAACGAAGCUGUGUCUGGCGCUGCUCAAGAACAAGACAGUGCAGGAUGUGGACGCCAAGACGCUGGACAAGCACACACUGGACGUUUUCUUCUUGCCGCACGACCUACAGCGCUUGGAGAGCUAUGCGCGCCAGCAAUCCGAGUUCCGUCUUAUCCUGGAUCUGCUUACAGACAUAGCGCAGUUGUAUUUCCAAGGACGCAUCGAUGGCCUGCAACUGGAUUUGGUGCAGCAGGGUCUGCUGUUGGCGCUGGGCGUGCAGGGCAAGACUGUGGACGCGCUGGGGCUGGAGCUGAACAUGCCCGGCAAUCAGCUGCUGGCCAAGUUCUUCGAUGCCAUGAAGAAGUGCAAUCAAUGCUUCCGCCAGGUGCUGGAGCAGCAUAUCGAGGGCGGCAUGCUGCAGCAGAAUGAGCUGCCCACAGGCGAGCAGCUGGUGCCGUUGUCUCUCUCCAUCGACAAUGAGCUGGAGCAGUCCGCACAGAAGAUUAGCAAGCAGCAGCGCAAGGAGUUGAAGCGCCUCAAGGCCGAGGCGCUCGAUGACUAUCAGAUCAAGGGCAGUGAGGAGGACUGGUCCAAGGCGCUGCAAAGCAAUGGCAAGGAUGCCAGCAAAGGAGCCACAAGCGGUCUGCUCUCGGUCAAAAGUGGCAUAAAGCGCAUGGAUGCGCCUGUGGACCAGUCGGAGGAGUCGCCACAGCCCAGCAAGAAGAAGAAGAAGCAGAGCGGCAAGUUUAAACGCGGAUUUGGCAAGGCGCUAAUUUAGUUGACAAUUUGUUAAACUUGAUUUAAUAUAGUAGGGUUGCUUUAUAUUAAAAACAAAAAUUAUAUUUUACAA